AUGCCCGAAUGGGCCCAACCACAAGUCGGUCUCUGUUUCGAUCCUUGGAAACUCACCCGAAAUACAGUCAGAAGUCAAGCCUGUCGAGUUACACAGUCAAAACGCGCUGGCCCGAACGACGACGACAGCCAUUCCCAUCGAGUCUUUCAGCCCUCUCGCUCAGAGCACGGCGCCUCCCCCACAGUUCUCCGAUUCCAGUUUUCCCGUAAAGGAAUGUCCUUGGUGGCCGCUCAGGUGUUCGGUUCUUCCGCAGUACGUCGCAGCUUCGAGUCCUGUAUCAGGAGCCUUCUCAAGCUUUGCCGCGCAUGGGAUUACUGCGGAUUUCGGGAGUGA